AUGGCGUAUCAUUGGAAAUUCCAGCCUCGAGCGAUUCCUCUUGCAUUUAGCUCAGCACAAGACCCCUCUGAUGAUAGCCCAACCUGGAACAUUGCUUUGGAAGGAUCUCUUCCCCUCGGCUACCCUGAGAACCGUGCUGAGAAUAGCUGUCCAAGGGCCACUCAGGAGCUGGGACUUAUUCUGAAACAAGGAUACUUGGAAAAGAAAUCCAAAGACCCCAAAAUCUUUGGCUCAGAAUGGCAGAAGCGAUGGUGUGUCCUCAGCCAGGUGGUCUUCUCCUACUACGCAAAUGAAAAAAGCAAGCAACCCAAAGGCAAGUUCCCAAUCGAGAACUACCGUGCUCGGCUGGCUUCCUACCUGCGCAAGGAUGCCCGACAAGAUUGCUGUUUUGAAUUGAUGUGUCCUGGCAAGCGCACCUAUGAGUUCACAGCUCCCAGCCCGGAAGAAGCCAAGGACUGGGUGGAUCAGAUCCUGUUUCUGCUCAAGGAUAUGAAGUCCCUUGUUAUCCCUUGUGAGGAGGAUGUCAAAGAAGAGGCCUACGAUGACAUUGACAGUUUUGAUUCCUCACAUACAAUGCUUCAGAAGAAUUCUUUUCUGAAUCUGGAGGAGGAGGAGACUGAGGAAAACAACAAAGAGGGCAUUUAUGAAAUCCUACCAGAUGAGGAACUUGGCCUGACUGCUCCUGACAACAUCAAAGAUGCUGAGGAGCUGGAGAAGACAGAAGACUUCAUGAAAAGUUACGUAAACUACUACCAAGGCCUGUGGGACUGUAUCGGUGGCCACCCUGAUGAGCUAUCCUUCCGUCGGGGAGAUCUGAUCUACAUCAUCAGCAAGGAAUACAACAUGUACGGCUGGUGGGUCGGAGAGCUGAACAGCGUGGUGGGGAUUGUCCCAAAGGAAUACCUCAUGCCAGCCUACGAUGUGGAAGACGUAUGAGCAACAGAUCCCCGGGGGUCCCAUCUCUUCCCAUCGCUCUGUUUUGCUGACCUAACAGAUCUGCUUCCCAGAAGCCUCUUUGCUACUCCUAAGACACACAUGCACACCAGGAGACGUGCGUAUGCUUCUUAGCCCACACCAGGAAUCUUACAAAAGCAGUACCCUUUCUCUCAUUCCUUUUAGUCCUCUUCACACUGAGAUGUACGUCCCAAAUGUUGCUUUUCCACUUCCUCUGUCCAGUUUCAUCCAGCCCAUGCUCUUCAUCUGGAAAUUUGCUAUUGCCUAAAGUGGUUGGAAUUGCCAAGUGUGUAGUAUUUAGGAAAUUCUUUUCCCCAGAACAUUCAAAAGGAAUCAAUGAGUUUGAUGAGACUCCAGAAUAAACACUUUCGUUGUUCUCA